CACUGCGUUACUUUGUAACUGUAGAGCAAACUUUGCCAUGGUUAAUUUCUGUGCUGUUCGCGGUUGUUCAAACCGCUCUGGGCGUGAUAAACUGAGCUACUAUUGUUUGCCUAAGAUCCCGGCUGCACGUUACACCCAGACGAGACGUGAUUUGUACAAAAAACGCCGCGAAAAAUGGUUAAGGAGGAUACGGAGAGAAGAUCUCUUUAGCGAGGAUUGCACCAAAAACUUAAAUAUAAUGCGAGUCUGCAGUGAUCAUUUUAUAUCAGGCAAGCCAUCAUCUCUGCUUGAUGAAAACAACCCGGACUGGGCUCCAUCACAGAAAUUAGGACACCAAUACAAGCAUUCGGCAACUGUGGCUGAGACCUUACCGCCAGCCCUAGAAAAUGUAGGGAGAGAAGAGACCGUGGAAACCAAAACUUCAGGAGAUGGUUGUACUUCAGUGGGGAACUUAGAUGAACACUGCACCAAUUGUAUUAAAAGAGUUAAAGAAAUAAACCAAUUGCGGGAGGAGAAUAGAAGACUGAAGCGAGAGCUGUCCAGAAAGGCCCUGCAUAAAGGUGGUGACGAGGACAAGGAGUCAAAGUUUGCCUUACCACUGAAGUACCCUCGAAAACCUAUGCAGAAAAAUAGGAACGUUCCUACAGUUGGAAUAAGAGCAGAUGGAUGGAAAAUGGUCACAGAGGAUCACAGCUACGGUUGUCCAUCUCCAUCUCUUGUAAUUCAAGCAGUUGAGGAAGAUGAACAAGAAAGCAAUGAGGAGGGAGAGGACGCUCCAGUUGUUAUACCUGUCCAUCAAGGGUUGGGGGGAACACACAGUGUCCAGCAGCAAGUGGCGUCAAGGACUGGAGGGACGGACAGAUGGGAGACGGCUCAGGAAGAGCAGGUGAACGCUUUGAAGGACAAAGUCAAGAGAUUGCAAUUGGCUCUCGACAGAGAAAGGAGAGAUAAACGAAGGGGUCGUCAGAGAGAUGCAGGAAAUGCAGGCAAUACUUCCCAUCAACAAAGAACAGCUGACCAAGUAUACCAGGGUCAAAAUGGACAGCUGCCACCAACAAACAAAGUCAAUGAAAAGAAAAGAAACGAGUUUGAACUUUCUCCUCGAUAGUCAAGAGGAUACUCACAUGUAACAUUUGAUUCAUGGGACUACAUUCUGCAAUCCUUGGAUGAUCCCUUGAUGUACAGCUGGCUGGACUCUGUGAUGAUGGGGCAGUGCCCUCUGGUGUCUGGAUUGUGCAUUGCCUUAAUCCACUCACCAAAUUUCAUGGGGAGCCGAAAUUUGUUGGACAGAAAUAAUCCUCCAUUUCAACAUGGAAAAUUGUGUUGCUCUUUUACACAGUCUAUCUCACAGCUAAAUAAACUACUCUUACCUGUCA